AUGCAGCAUGCAAAUAAUUCUAAGGAAUCGAAUCAUCAAGUAACUCCAGGUGAGCUACGCGGAAGAUGGAUACAAGCUAAAAAUUUAGCUGAGACAUAUAAACGCGAAAAGGAAUCUAUGGUUAUUAAGUACGCUCAGAGUGAACAGAAACGAAUACAAUUAGAACAACAGAUUCACAGUCUGGAAUGUAAAAUAGGCCGUUUAUUUAAUUCAAAUAACUUCGAACAACAUCAACAGACGGAGGGAACUGAAAAGACUGAUGAUAGAGAUAAGUCUUCAGUGAAAAACCAACCUCAUAAAACAUCUGUGAUAAAUUCGUCGAUAGCAAACAAUGACUCAAAUGAGAAAUCUAACAUAGAACAUCUUCAAAAGGAUCUUGCUUUAGCUCGUGAGCAAAUCGAAAGCUUGUCUAAAAAGCAGUCCACUGAUGAGUCACGUAUCAGUACAUUAACGUCAAAGUUAUCUCAAGUUCAAGAGUCACUUAAAAGUGAGCAAAAGAAAUCUUCAUCGUUGAAUGAAAAUUUGAAUCGUGUUAACAAGUCUUUGGAAAAUGCACUAAAACAAGCAAAGGAGGCUGAACGUCUUCGUGAACGUGAAGCUGAACGCCUCUGUUCUGAAGUUGCACUCCAGGAAGCUCAGACUAGUUUAAAACAACUUAAAAUUGAAAACGACACUCUUAAGCAACAAUUGAAAGCAUUGGAAAAUGUAAAAAGUGAUCUUGAAAAAUCUCAAUCUCGUAUAGAUGAACUUACCAGUAAGUUAUCAUCCGCAAAUGAUUUGACAUUAGAGUUACAAUCAUGUAAACGUCGCGUUGACCAACUAUCAGAUUUUACACGUCGUCUAACUGAACGCCACGCAAAUCUACAAGCUGAGCAUCUAGUUACACUCAGUUCACUAGAAGAAACUAAAAAUUUAUUAAUUGAGAAGGAUGAAGAAAUUGUACAACUCAACGAGAAGCAUGAAAGUGAACGUAAAGAAUCAGAAGGGAAAAUGAAUACACUUCAGUGUGAACUCAAUGACUUAUCUGUAAAGUUGAACCAACUUAAUGAAUCAGAGAAUUGGCUUAAAAUUCAGUUAAAGGAAGAGAAAGAACGUGCUACAGCCAUUCGUAAACGUGAUGCUGCACGAAUUAAAGAUAUAUCUCGUGAAGUAACACACUGUUGUCAUUCAACAAUUAAUCCUCCAUCCGAUUUAGAAAAUGAAUCGAAUUCAAAAUCGUCUACGAAUUCUUUAGAUGGUUCACUGAAAUCUUUGGACUUAACUCAAAUUAUUUGUGAGCGAGAAAAUGAAAAACUUGUUAGUCCUGUGUCAACACUACCAAUGAAGAUUACAAUAACUAACCAAUUAGAUGACUGUUUGUCAUCGUCAGUUAACAAUAAUAAUAAAAUUGAUAAUUGUGAAUCAACAGUUGUUGAAAUAUCAUCUAACUUCAAUUGUUCAGAACGUGAUGUACUUCUAGAGAAAAUUGAUCGUCUUCAACGUAGUCAAGUAAAAUUAACAGACAAAAUUGAAUUUUUUCAAGAACAUUGUUAUCAACUUACAGAAGAAUUAAAUAAAAAAAGUAAAGUUAUUCAGAAUCUCCUUGUUUCAAUUGAUAAACAUUGUGGAUCAACAAAUUCAUUUAUUGAUGAUAAUAAUCAUAGUAACAGAAAAAUGUUAAAUGUUAAUCGAAAAUAUAAUUCGAUUAUAUCUUCAUUAUCUAGUGGCAGUGCCAAGACAAAAGCUGCCGAUACAGAAUCAUGUCUUGGUGAUAAUACUCAAAAACUUCAAAAUUUACUAGAGGAUACAAUAUUCAAGAAUAUCACAUUGAAAGAAAGUUUAAAUAAAUUGGGCCUAGAAAUAUCCAGUUUACGUUUAGCUCAUGGACGUAUACUAAACUCCGUUUGUGAUUUAUGUAAAAUAAGCAUUGAAGAUAUACUUAAAACAUCGGGAAAAUCUAUUCAUCAAUCACAACACUCAAACAAUCAUUCAGCAGCUCAAUCAAAGUCAGAACCACCAAUAUUUCAAAAUGGUGGUGUCAAUGCAUAA